AUGGCAACCAUACUUGAAUCUUUUGUCGGAUCAUGCGCGAAGAAGUUGCAAGAUAUUGUUACAGAGGAGGCCAUACUAAUUUUAGGUGUUAAAGAAGAGCUCAUAGAGCUAAAGAGAAGAAUGGAGCAACUAUGGUACUUUCUUAAUGAUGCAGAGAAAAGGAGCAUAAAAGAAUCUGCUGUUAACAAUUGGCUUGGUCAGCUAAGAGAUGCUAUGUAUGAUGCUGAUGAUAUCAUUGACUUGGCCAAAUCCAAAGGAAGCAAGCUAUUGCCAGACCAUUCUUCAUUAGUAUCAAGCAGUUCAAAUACAUGCAGUGGCCUUUCUCUUUCCUCUUGCUUUUUUAAUAUCUAG